AUGGAAGAUGGUCGCAUCCCAGAUGCAAGCAUCACAGCGUCGUCAGUGUACAACAACGACCAAGGCCUUUUCGGACCCACCAGGGCUCGGCUUGGAAAUCCGGACCAUGACGGAGCCUGGUGUAGGGCUGGUACUGUUGACACCGAUCCAUGGAUCCAAGUCGACCUCGGUUCCAAUGCAACCAUUACUGGCGUUAUCACCCAGCUGCCCCCGGGUCGUUACUAUUGGGUGGAAGAGUUCAAAGUGGCCUUCAGCGACGAUGGCCAAGAAUGGACCGACGUCACUGAUUGUGGAUCAAGUACACCGAUGAAGUUCCCUGCAAACUUUGACGAAAACAACCACGUGACCACCACUUUCCCGAAGGCUUUCCAGGCCAGGUUCCUGCGUAUCCUGCCUACUCAGUGGAAGGCAGCAUGCUGUAUGCGCUUUGAAGUCCUCGGCUGCACAAUAAAUGAGUAA